GUCGCUGCGCCUGCUGCUGUGCUGCUGCUGCGAGGAAGACGAGAGCACAGGGCAAACGAAGGAGAAGGCGGCCGACCUCUUCUUCGUCUUCAACCUUGCGCCGUGUUCAGAGGGAGCCGAGAGUUUAACAAGCAAGCAAAGCAAAGCAAAUCACGCUCGCUCAGGGGGGAUCAGGGGAAGGACGAAUCGAGGGAGAGUGGGGAGGGAAGCAGGGGGUACGCCGAGGCACAGAACAACCGACAGGGUAUUUACUGCGGCCAUUUACUCCCCCCGCCCUUGUCUCGCCCCCCAUCCCUCGCCCUUUCACUUCCAUCGCUCCGUCCGCCCCCCAUUCCCUCCUCCUCCUCCGCCUCUCCGAUCCCUCUCCUUCUCUUCCUUCCUCCAGAGCUUUCCCUUUCCUGCACCUCUCGCUAAAUCCUCUUCCUCUCCUCCUGUACUCGCCCUGCCAUGCUUCGCCGUGGAUUUUAACUGCUUGCUUCUGUUUGGAGGAACACAGGCAUCAGGCCAGCCAGGGACGACGAGAGUAAGAGGAGGAAGGGGUUCUGCAUUUCUUUCUUCCCCUCUCGGUUGAUCUUCCGGUCGGUCGAGGAAGGAAGGAAGGAAGGAAGGAAGGAUGUUUGGGGAUUGCCAGGUCCUGUCCUCGAUGGCCGCCAUGGCCGGGGCCUCCUCGUCGGCGGACGCGCUCUUCAUCCCCAACCCAGGCGCGCUCGCCGGAUUCAUGUCCUCCUCCGCCGCCGCCAUGCCAUUCCACCAUUUCUCCACCACUGCCGCCUCCCUGAUACCUAAGGAGGAGGGCGGCAUCAUGGGUGCGCUCCAGGUGGCCAAGGACGAGGACAUGGAUCAGUUGGAGAUGGACAUGGAGCUCAGCGGCGGCUCUGGGAGCGCCCACCUGGACGGCCUGCUCAGCUUCGCGGACGUGGACGACGACCGGACGGAGCAGAAGCCGCAGCACAGCGGCCUCGAACUCCAGACGACGGUGGACGCCGCCGGGCAGCAGCAGCAGCAGCAGCAGCUGGCCACCGCCAACGGCAAGAAGAAGCGGUACCACCGCCACACGGCACACCAGAUCCAGCAGAUGGAAGCGCUGUUCAAGGAGUGCCCACACCCGGACGACAAGCAGCGCCUCAAGCUGAGCCAGGAGCUGGGGCUCAAACCCCGCCAGGUCAAGUUCUGGUUCCAGAACCGGCGCACCCAGAUGAAGGCGCAGCAGGACCGCGCCGACAACGUCCUCCUCCGCGCCGAGAACGAGAGCCUCAAGAGCGACAACUACCGCCUGCAGGCCGCCAUCCGCAACGUCGUCUGCCCCAACUGCGGCCACGCCGCCGUCCUCGGAGAGAUGUCCUACGAGGAGCAGCAGCUCCGCAUCGAGAACGCCAGGCUCAAGGACGAGCUCGACCGCUUGGCGUGCAUUGCGACCCGCUACGGCGGCGGACGACAGCCGAGCAUGUCGUCCGCGCUGGGCUGCUUAUCGGCGCCGCCUCCGGUACUCAUGCCGCCGCUCGACCUCGACAUGAAUGUAUACGCUCGCCAUUUCACCGACCAGUCUUCAGUCAUGGGCUGCGGCGACCUCAUCCAGUCCGUCCUCGCGCCACAGCAGCAGAUCCCCGUCGGCGGCGCCGAGCACCACGCGACGUCGUCGUUCAUGGGCGCCGCCAUCGGGCCUGUCCAGGAGCAGGACAGGCAGCUGGUGCUCGACCUCGCCGCCACGGCGGCAGACACCCUCGCCAAGAUGUGCCGCGCGGGCGAGCCGCUCUGGCUGCGGCGCCGCGGCGCGAGCUCCGAGGUCAUGGUGGCUGAUGAGCACGCCCGGAUGUUCAGCUGGCCCGUCGACGGCGGGCAGCAGGGCAGUGCCUCUACGGGUGCCGCGGCCAGGACCGAGGGAUCAAGGGACAGCGCCGUGGUUAUCAUGAACAGUAUUACGCUGGUGGAUGCCUUCCUGGAUGCUAACAAGUGGAUGGAGCUGUUCCCUUCGAUCGUGUCCAAGGCAAGAACCAUUCAGGUCAUAAACCAUGGAGCUCGUUCUGGUCAUAUGGGCAGUGGAUCUCUCCUCUUGAUGCAAGCGGAGGUGCAGUUCCCGUCUCCUCUGGUGCCGGCGCGGGAGGUGGUUUUCUUCAGGUACUGCAUGCACAACGGCGAUGAGGGGACCUGGUCCGUCGUCGACUUCCCGGCCGACGGGUUCCAGCUAGAAGGUCUGCAGACCUCAUCUGUUGUCAAGUGCUGUAGGCGACCCUCCGGUUGCAUCAUUCAGGACAUGCCCAACGGCUACUCAAGUGUGGUGUGGGUGGAGCACAUGGAGAUGGUUGGAGAGGAGAAGCCACUGCACCAGGUGUUCAAGGAUUAUGUUGCCAGCGGCUAUGCCUUUGGGGCCACACGCUGGGUGUCCCUGCUCCAGCGCCAAUGUGAGCGCCUUGCCAGUGAGCUCGCCCGCAACAUCGCCGACCUUGGAGUGAUCCGCACUCCAGAGGCGAGAACAAAUAUGAUGAAGCUGUCACAACGGAUGAUAACUACUUUCUCUGCCAACAUCAGUGCUUCUGGAAGCCAAUCUUGGACGGCACUCUCAGAAACUACAGAGGACACAAUUAGGGUCACUACUCGUAAGAACACGGAUCCAGGCCAGCCCAGUGGUGUCAUUCUAACUGCUGUCUCUACUAGUUGGCUUCCUUUCAGCCAUCAGCAGGUCUUUGAGCUUCUUGCAGAUGAACAACAGCGUUGCCAGCUUGAGAUUUUGUCAAAUGGGGGCUCACUUCACGAAGUGGCACACAUUGCAAAUGGAUCACAUCCAAGGAAUUGCAUUUCUCUUCUUCGAAUUAAUGCUGCAAGCAACUCCUCCCAGAAUGUGGAACUCAUGCUGCAGGAGACCAGCACCCACCCUGAUGGCGGGAGCCUUGUGGUGUUUGCGACUGUGGAUGUGGAUGCCAUCCAAGUGACAAUGAGUGGCGAGGACCCUUCCUACAUCCCACUUCUCCCCCUGGGCUUUGCCAUCUUCCCGGCCACCAACCCUUCGCCAGCAGCAACCAGCACAAGCUCCGGCAAUGGUGAAAGCAGCCCAGGUAACACAGAUGAGCCCACCAGUGGCUGCCUCCUCACCGUCGGCAUGCAGGUGCUAGCAAGCGCGGUGCCCUCAGCUAAGCUGAAUCUCUCCAGCAUCACUGCAAUCAACAGCCAUGUCUGCAACGCCAUCCACCAGAUUACAACCGCACUCAAAGGCCAAGGAGCUGGGGUGAGCGGGGUUGAACCGGUGGCUGCUGCUGGCUCCGACUAGGAAGAGUGGGAACAGAGGAGAGCAGAUCCAUGCCGACCAAAAUGCCUUCCAAGUCCGGUUAUUUUUGCUAACAAACAUAUCGCAGGUGCAAGCGAGGAUUUGACAAGAGCCCGAAACUAACACAUGAAAAAAAAAUUCAAAACCCUUCUCUUUCCCGCCAUAUGCCUCUUAAAAUGACAAAAAUACCCCCGACCGAACAAACAGUGUGGGGGCAUUUUGAUCAUUUUGGGAAGGUAGCGUCAUCUACAACUACUAGAAAAGGGUCUUGUCAAGCUCUCACUUGUGCCGGCUGAAUCUAUCACACAGAUGGCAACAGGUGCAGUUUGGUCAUGCAGUUGUUUGCUCCUCUCGGUCUGUUCCCUUGCUCAGAAUCCAGAACUGUGAAAGGUUAGCUUCGAUUGGUAUGCUUCUUUUGAUUUUUGUAAUAAUAAUAAGACGGAAGAUUACCUAAUAGUUUGCGCGUAAUGGUUCGCGGUCGGUCGUAGAGCUGUAUAACUCUGUAUUAGAGGUUCAAGACUUGAUUGUGUAGGAAAGAAGAGAAAAGUGCGAGAGGAGGAGUCAAGAGCGAACCAAACCAGUUGUGACCCUUGGAUCUGAUCCCAGGCCAUCAGGGAAGAAGGGUCUUGGUUCGGGAAUUGACUUGUUCCCUCUCUGCAUUGCAAUGUUCCAUCUGUAACCUGCUUAUUUGUGCUACUCAAACUGUUUGAUUACAUUGGUAGGUUAUCAUGCAUGUUUGCAGCUCU